CCAACCUUCCCGCCUUUUCUCCUUCGAGAAGGAAUUUCCAAGCUGCCUCAAGCAACGGCAAUGGAGACGGUGCAAAUUCAGACGCUCGAAUUCUCUCGCCGUCGAAAAUUCCGGCGGCGGAAUCGACUCAUCGGAGGUCGCCGAGUUCGUGCUCGGUGCCGGAGGUCGGGGUGCUGUCCCCGCCGCGGAACCUGGUGGAGUCUGCUCACCGACGGUCAAUAUCUUCUUCCACGUGUAGAACUGAUCAUAAGGUCGUGAAGAAGGACCGCGAUAAUUUGGUCGAUAAUCGGAGCUUGAAUGGCUUCCUGAAGGAGCAGAGGAUUAAGAUUCUCCAGCUGAUGAGCGGCGAAAUCGAUGGCAAAGCCAAGGUCGUCCUCUCUGGUCCAUCAAACAGUACAAGUUCAAUGGUGGCAGCAACAUGCUAUGCUUGGUUGUUGGACAACAAAAUGAGAGCUGAUAAAAAAAGAGCACAAAAUGGGAGGUUUAUGGAGUUUGUUGUGCCUGUGAUGAACAUAAGGAGAGGAAAAAUGUGGAAGCAGCGUCAAGCAGCUUGGCUGUUCCACGACGCCGGCCUAGAUGCUGCUUCUCUGCUCUUUUCUAAUGAGGUUGAAUUGGAGACUCUAAUGAUGGCUAAGCAGUUGAGUAUAGUUGAAGUUGGGGAGGAUAUCCUUAAAACCAACGGCAAGGUUGGAUCGGCAUGUACUGUUCUUACAGACAACUUUUGUGAGGAUGCAUACAGCCUGCUUCGAACUCCUGUUGUAGAAAAGCUUCUGCUGGCGGCUAUUUUAUUGGACACACAUAACUUGAGCUCGUCACCAAAGUUAUCGAUGACCAGAGAUGCAGAGGCAGUUGAGCUCCUCACAGCUUCUUCUGUCCCCAACUAUAGGAACACCCUGUAUGAUCAGUUAAAGCAAGAUCAUUGCGAUAGCGACUUCUUUGAAGCUCUGAGCCAUACCUAUGGAAAACCCCCUAGCGAAAUUAAGUGGGGCAAUGGAACAGCAGGAAAUAGAGUCUCCGAGAAGAUUCCUGCCAAUGAAGUUAUUGCAGAAAAUGACACGAAUGAUGCUAGGAAAAAGAAAGUCUCACCUGCUUCAGGUAUACCUACACCAUCUCCAGCUCCAGCUAAGACACCAACAAAGGCAAACAACGAUACCUCUCGUGGAAAGAACAAGAACUUCUUUGCAAAACUGUUUGGAUUUGGCUCGAAAUAAUGACAAAAUUUCAGACAUUGUCAUGUGACACCACACUGAUGAUGAGACUAAUAUGGGCAACGAACCAACGGUGCCACAACCUCAUUAAAGCGCGCCGAUAGCUGGCAUAAAGAAAGAGGCAAAACUCCGGCGAUCCGGCGUCGGUCGAGUUCGACGACGAGGCUGUCGGAGAAGAAGACGACGACACUGCGGAUGGCUUGAAUAUGAACAAGGCG